AUGAGUUCCACUGAUAUAUUUGAAUCAACUCUUUCCGGAACUCAGGAUCAAAGUUUGAUUUCUCAGCCGAAUGAACUUGAAAUUAUGUAUCAGAAUCUUUCGAAACAAGAGAAAAAUCUUAAUAAACAACUCUAUUGCAUCAAGAGGUCAAUGAAAACUUUGCAAGAAAAGAUUGAGAUCAAUGAUAACAAGGAUAAAAAUGCUACAAUUAAUAAAAACGAAAAUCAAAAUAAACCAAAACCUAAUAAUGCAACUGAAAGACUGAAAUUCCGAGACUACACUAGAAAGCCUACUAAAAUGAUAAAUUUCCUUGAAGAUAAAAUCGGAAUGGAAAUCGAUUUAUAUUUUCUCCCAACUAAACCAGUUUCAACAGAAAUUCUCCAAAAUAGAAAUAAGAAAGUUACAUACAAGAAUGGUGACUACUCAAUCACGCACAAAACUGGAAUUUAUCAAAUUUUUCAUAAUGAAACUCAAAUUAUUCAUUUUACUAAUGGUGAUAUUCAACAAAAGUUUUCCAAUGGCAUUAUUGUUCAUGAAUACAACGAAAAUGGAUCUAUUGAAGCAGUCAUUCCUGGAAGUGUCCGAUGGAUCACAUUUAGGGAUGGUCAGAUCGAAAAGAUUACAGAUGAUGGCAAAAAGAUAAUAAAAUACCCUGAUAAUAGAUUCGUUAGUGUUCCAAAAGAUUUAGAUUUUGAACCUUUUUAA